GGCUUUUAGGUAACCUCGAUACCUUUAUAAUAUAAAAGUAAAAAGGUAUCGAGUCAAUAUAAAUUAUAUUGACUAGUGCUGACUUGACAGUUUUCAGUUUUGGGUUGUAUAUCAGCUAUAGAUCAUGGGUUGAAGUUGCUUUUUAAGGAGUUAAUUGUAGAAGGAUGAAUCGUUCUUCAUUUUAUAAAGGACGGGACGUGACACCUAGAACCAGACCCAACAGUAUCGCAACCACCCAGUUCAAACUACCCUCACCUACUUCUCACAAUGCUAACGGAACAGGAAAGAAACCAGUCCUAAAGAAAGUAGACAGACCAACACUAGCAAGAGCCAAGAAGUUAGGUAAUACCGAUACUUUGGAUAUCCCUUUCUUUGAUAGGAUCGUCAUUGUUUCCCUCAAACGACAGGAAGGAGCGGAUGACCUUACUCCCUACGUUUCAUACUCAUUUCCCAAACUCAGUGGUCCUGAUCCCUCUCCUUUUCUUCCUCUCUUUUGUUUCCCUGACUCCCAGCGGAUAACUGAAGGAGAAUCAGUGUUGACGAGCAUUUACUCCUUCGUGCUAACAGAAGUAACGGGAGAUAAACAGUACGGCUACUGUAGACGCGUUAAGUCACGUGACAAAAGUACUGUACUGCCACAGGUAUACUGCGUGAUUAGCAAGUUAGCAUCAUUGGAGCUGUACAACGUUCUUCUCAACAAACUUACCGAACUACACGCUGUUUCUGAAGCUGCUGUUCAUGGUUUCCUCAGUGCCACGAUCUCCCUGCCAAUCCCUGCGCCUGGCUGCAAAGUGCGGGCUAAACAUCUCAACCACCUCAAAGGUCGGCUAGAAGACGUGGAGAUAGAACGGCCUUUAGAUGGUGCUAGACUGGAACACGUGGAGCUUAACAAACUGUUCCAAUGGUUCACAGUCCAACAAGUAAUAGAACUGUUCGGUAGUGUGCUCCACGAGCGUCGUAUCCUCAUCUCCUGCUCCCACCACCACCUCGCUAAACUAUCCAGCUGUGUCUCCUCGCUUGCUACCCUCAUAUACCCGCUCAAGUGGGAGUGUAUCUACAUCCCAAUACUUCCUAGACAGAUGAUUGAGGUAGUAACAGCCCCUACACCCUACUUGAUCGGGGCUAUGACAGAGGAUUUACCAGCUGUUCAGAGGGAACUCGAGGAAGAUUCGGAACCACUUUUACACUUUGAUAUGGACACUGCUUCUUUUGUUAGGUGUUACGGAGAUGAGUCCACUCUUCUUCCCCCUAAAUCUACCUCCAUGAUCCAGAACCAACUCCGGGCUCUUAUUUGUACCCUUCAUCAGGAUGUUCAACUUCAGGCAGAUAACACUGUUAUAUCUCACGUCUUUCUUACUUUCAUGUACAAACUUCUGGGUCACUUCAAAGAUUUCAUGAUCGAUUAUCAAGGUGUUCGUGAGUUAGAUACGGAGCCUUAUCUGCGUGCCACAAGGAGAUACCUUCGACCCCUUGCGGAGCGGAUAUCGGAUACUCAAUCGUUUGGGAUUUUUUCUGUCAAUAUUGGGGAGGCUGGAGACUACGAUCAGUUUAAAAACUUCGCAGAAGAGAAAAUUGCGAGUAGACAUCAAUCUGUUUUCAAAAGGACAUUUUCUUGACGAUUAUUUAGUAAUACUAAUAGUUACUACUAGUAAUGAUAAUUUUAGUUUAUUUUGAUUCUUGAUCGUUGUUUAUUAAAUUCAUUUUAUGUGCCUGGUGAACUCAUUGCCGCUGGUUAAUAAUUAUUAAAUCUAUAUAUUGCCCUUUUAAAAACUAUUAAUACCAUUCAUGUAUCAUGCAACUAAAGAUUUUAUAAUAUUAAUAGC